AUGAAGGAUUGUUUUCAAUAUGGAUCAAGAGAAUGGAAUGGAAUAAAGGCAUGGAAGCACGACUUUCGGAAUUUUGUGAUGAAGCUUUCGUUUUGGACACAAUCGAAAAAAAAAAGAUCUGAAAUUGAAACUGAAGAAUUAGAAGAAAUCUUAAGAGAAUCUAGGAAGAAGAAAAACAAUGAAAAAUCUGCUGCACAGGGGGAGAAGGAAGCUGACCUGCGAUCGACAGAAGGUCACUAUGUCUCAUUUGAAACAAUACCGGAGGUAAACUUAGGAAGUGAUGAUCAUUUGUCUCAAGGACACACAGAUCAAAGUAGCGUAAACAAACCGGUGGAGAGCAUAAAAAAAGCCUUUUAAUGUUUUAUUCGAGAAAAAAAAGGCAGGAAAAAAAGCCAAAACUGGAACUAUGUAAGUUCUAAAAAACAAAGCCUGUCUUUCUUUUGAAUGCUUCGGGUGUAUUUUUGACUUUCUUUGGGUGUAUUUCAGGUUGAGUCUAGUU